UUCUGAAAGAAGAAAGAAAUGUUAGAGUUUAUCGAUUUGGAAGGUAUUGAAGAGGUGUUACUUACGAAAUGGAAGCAAAUAAGAGUGAAUAUAGUGGCGCCAUUGUUGAGAGUUGCUGUGUUGAUUUGCUUGAUAAUGAUUGUGAUGAUUUUUGUGGAGAAGGUGUUUGUGGGAUUUAUUUGUCUUGUUGUAAAGGUGUUUAAAUUGAAGCCUGAGAAGCGUUAUAGAUGGGAGCCAAUGAGACCCGAGACAUCAGAUCUAGAGAUUGGCGUUCUAUCUUAUCCAAUGGUGCUUAUACAGAUCCCAAUGUACAAUGAGAAAGAGGUGUACAAGCUUUCAAUAAGGGCAGUAUGCAAUUUGGAUUGGCCAUCCGACAGGAUGAUUAUUCAAGUACUGGAUGACUCCACUGAUCCAGUUGUGAAGGAUUUGGUGGGAUUGGAAUGUGAAAUAUGGAAGAGUAGAGGGUUGAACAUAAAUCACGAGGUCAGAAACAACAGGAAAGGGUACAAAGCUGGUGCUUUGAAAGAUGGAAUGCUUCAUUAUUCUGUAAAAGAUUGUGAAUAUGUUGCCAUAUUUGAUGCUGAUUUCCAACCAGAAUCUGAUUUCUUGAAACGAACAGUUCCUUUUCUCAUUCAUAAUUCGGAGAUUGCUCUUGUUCAAACUCGAUGGAAAUUUGUGAAUGCUAAUGAGUGCAUGAUGACAAGAAUGCAAGAGAUGUCAUUAGAUUAUCACUUCAAGAUUGAGCAAGAAGCUGGGUCAUCUGCAUUUUCCUUCUUCGGUUUUAAUGGAACUGCUGGCAUUUGGCGCAUAUCAACCAUUGCUGAUGCUGGAGGAUGGAAGGAUAGGACGACGGUUGAAGACAUGGAUUUGGCUGUUCGUUCAAGCCUUGAUGGUUGUAAGUUUGUGUAUGCUGGUGAUGUCAAGGUAAAAUGUGAAUUACCAAGUACUUUUAAGGCCUUUCGGUAUCAGCAACAUCGAUGGUCUUGUGGACCUGCAAAUCUUUUCAAGAAAAUGAUAUUAGAGAUAAUAGCUAACAAGAAGGUUUCAACAUGGAAAAAAAUCCACCUAAUCUAUAACUUCUUCUUUGUUGGAAAGAUUGUAGCUCAUACAUCAACCUAUAUAUUCUAUUGCAUUGUGAUUCCACUAUCUGUUCUAAUUCCUGAGGCCGAGAUUCCCUUAUGGGGAGUCGCAUACAUCCCAACAAUUAUUACACUUCUUAAAUCAGUAGGAACUCCAAGAUUAUUCUUGCAUUGGAGUAUUCAUAAUAUAUUUGAUAUUAAUGAUUUAAAUGCAAGAAAUCUCUUCUAUUUGAUGAACAGCUCUUUCCACCUUGUAAUCCCUUGGGUGCUCUUUGAAAAUGUAAUGUCCUUGCAUCGAAUUAAGGCAGCUACUACAGGUUUUUUAGACGUUGGCCGGGUUAAUGAAUGGAUAGUUACAACAAAGUUGGGUGAUGGUAGCAAGACAAAGCCAUCUAUGGAAGUGAUAGUUAAGAAUGCAAAAGAUUUAAGAGAUGCUAAAGUGAUAGACCCGUUGCUUGGUGAUUAUAAGAAGCCUCAAGCUAGGACAUGACAAAGAUUUCAUUUGGCCGAGCUAUGGAUGGGUGUCUUCAUGUUUACGGCUGGACUCUAUGAUGUCGCCUACACUAAAAAAGGAUACUUCAUUUACCUCUUUAUGCAAUCAUGUACA